GCUCUCAGGCGCCAUCUAGGGAUGAAAGACUAACUUGACGUGCAAGUCUGUCCUCUUGGUCGCUCGCUUGUGUUGAAAGCGAGUCGUAUAUUCAGUAUCAAAAAUGCUGUUAUUUUAAACUGAGAGUCACUGCGAAGAUAGUCGGAGCUUGAACAAAAAACUCGCCUCAAAUGUCUACGUGUUAGCCGCUGUCGUUUCUACUACCUGGCUGCUGCUGUGGAGUUGUAGAAUCAAGAUGGACAACGCCGAUGAAGCAGACAUCUGCCGGGUCUGUCGAUCAGAGGGGACGCAGGACAAACCACUGUACCACCCGUGUGUCUGCACUGGCAGCAUCAAGUUCAUCCAUCAGGAAUGCCUACUGCAGUGGCUGAAACACAGCAGGAAAGAAUACUGUGAAUUAUGCAAACACAGGUUUGCAUUUACCCCAAUCUACUCUCCAGACAUGCCGUCUCGCUUGCCUGUCCAAGAUAUCUUUUCAGGGCUGGUCACCAGUGUCGGCACAGCCAUCAGAUACUGGUUCCACUACACACUGGUGGCCUUUGCCUGGAUGGGCGUGGUGCCUCUCACAGCAUGUCGUAUCUACAAGUGUUUAUUUACUGGCUCUGUGAGCUCACUCCUUACCCUCCCGUUAGAUAUGCUUUCAACACAAAACCUGCUUGCUGACUGUCUUCAGGGUUGUUUUGUGGUCAUCUGCACGCUGUGCGCCUUCAUCAGCCUGGUGUGGCUCAGAGAGCAGAUUGUACAUGGUGGCGCCCCUCAGUGGUUGGAGCAGAAUCAACCUCCUUUGGUUCCCAACCAGCCGAAUGGCCCCGCACCAGCUAAUGAGGCAGCAGGUGGUAACGCCGCAGCCAACGCCCAGGCCGAGGGAAACGGCGCUGCGGCCCAGCAUCCCGCAGAUCCCGCUGUAGGCGGCCUGGUUCCUGCACACGAAGAUGGCAACCAGGGAGACGAGGCCGAGCUGGAUGACGACGAAGAUGACGACAGGGAGGAAGACGAAGAGGAGGAGGAUGAGGAAGGCAGGGAGGAGGACGCCGCUGAUGCAAAUAAUGGACAAGAAGAUUUGAACUGGAACGCUCUGGAGUGGGACCGUGCAGCAGAGGAGCUGACCUGGGAAAGGAUGCUGGGGCUGGAUGGCUCCCUCGUGUUCCUGGAGCACGUCUUCUGGGUGGUGUCUCUUAACACACUCUUCAUCCUGGUCUUUGCCUUUUGUCCAUAUCACAUCGGUCAUUUCUCCGUGGUUGGCCUGGGCUUUGAGGACUAUAUCAAAGCAUCUCACUUUGAUGGCCUCGUCACCACCAUACUGGGAUACAUCCUCCUGGCUGGAGCUCUCAUGGUCUGCCAUUUAAUGGCUUCAUUAGUUAAGUUUCAGCGGUCCAGACGACUCCUGGGUGUCUGCUACAUUGUUGUCAAGGUGUCCCUACUGGUUGUCAUGGAGAUAGGCUUGUUCCCACUGAUUUGUGGCUGGUGGCUCGACAUUUGCUCACUGGAGAUGUUUGAUGCCACAUUGAAAGACAGGGAGCAGAGUUUCGACUCUGCUCCUGGUACAACCAUGUUCCUCCACUGGCUGGUCGGCAUGGUCUACGUCUUCUACUUUGCCUCUUUCAUCCUCCUGCUCAGAGAGGUGCUCCGGCCCGGUGUGCUGUGGUUCCUGAGGAACCUGAACGACCCAGACUUCAACCCAGUGCAAGAGAUGAUCCACCUGCCCAUCUACAGACAUCUCCGCAGGUUUAUUCUCUCUGUGGUGGUGUUUGGUUCUAUAGUUUUGCUGAUGCUUUGGCUUCCCAUCAGAAUCAUUAAACUUCUCCUCCCGACCUUCCUUCCCUACAACGUCAUGCUCUACAGUGACGCCCCGGUCAGCGAGCUGUCACUGGAGCUGCUGCUGCUUCAGGUCGUUCUGCCGGCGCUAUUGGAGCAGGGUCACACUCGCCAGUGGCUCAAACGGCUCGUCCACGCCUGGACGUUCACAGCCGGAUACAUGCUUGACCUUCACUCAUACUUGCUCGGAGAACACGACGACGACGACGACAACCUGAUGAACAACAAUCCGCCUGCUCGCCAUAACAACAACAACCGGUUCCCCGGCUUAGGGGAAGGGCUUCACGCGGCCCAUCAGGCUAUUCUGCAGCAGGGCGGUCCUGUGGGUUUCCAGCCGUACCACCGACCUAUCCACUUUCCUCUCAAGAUCGUCCUGCUGGUUGUGUUCAUGUGCGUGACGCUGUUACUGGCUAGUCUGCUUUGCCUUACUCUACCAGUGUGUGUGGGUCGCUGGCUGAUGUCUUUCUGGAUGGGCAGUGCUAUGGUUCACGAGCUGUACACAGCAGCCAGCGGUCUGUACGUCUGCUGGCUGUCCAUACGAGCCGCCACAGUGAUCCUGUCCUGGAUGCCACAGGGGCCAAAUGUCAUCAUGCUCAAAGUCCAGGAGUGGACACUCAUGAUUCUAAAGACGCUUGUGGUGGCUGUGCUGUUAGCUGGAGUGGUUCCUCUGCUUUUGGGUCUGCUGUUUGAGUUGGUCAUUGUGGCUCCUCUCAGAGUCCCACUGGACCAGACACCUCUCUUCUAUCCCUGGCAGGACUGGGCGCUCGGCGUGCUCCACGCAAAAAUCAUAGCUGCCAUUACACUGAUGGGCCCACAGUGGUGGCUCAAGACUGUCAUUGAACAGGUUUACGCUAAUGGAAUCCGAAACAUUGACCUUUACUUCAUCCUGAGAAGGCUGGCUGCUCCGGUUAUCUGUGUUCUGCUGCUGUCUCUCUGUGUGCCCUACACCAUCUCUAAAGGCAUCACACCACUGCUGGGCGUGCAGCCAGAGAUGCAGACACUGGUGGAGAGGAGGAUCUAUCCGUUCUUGCUGAUGGUCGUCAUACUGUUGGCCAUUCUCUCCUUUCAGAUACGACAGUUCAAGCGCUUAUAUGAACACAUCAAAAACGACAAAUACUUAGUUGGACAGAGACUUGUGAAUUAUGAACGAAAGACGGGCAGGAGCUCGACGACGUCUUCCUUCAGCUCCUCCUCGUAAAACUGGAUGUUGACUCACUCUGCAGUGAAACCUUUUAUUAUUUUUAGUUUCCUCUCUUAACUUCACUGUCGACUCCAAAAUCCAGAGUUUUUCAGUUCUCCGUCAGGGUUUGGAGACAAAGAUCUUAACGAGUCUCAACUUAAUGUCUGAGCAAGUUUUGUCAGCAGAACCACACCCUCAUCGUCGACCUGUGCGUCCUGGUUAACGUGUCACUGCGACAUUUUAAUGUGUGCAGGUGUGAGAUGAAGUCAGGUCAGUUGAGCAUAGCUUUUUUUAAUUUCUUUUUUUUUACCUCAGAUUGUGCUUCCCUUUGAAUGAUUUGUUGUGAAAUAAUGUUUAGGUCACACUGUGAGCGUGCAUUUGUCUCUGCGGGAGACAUAAGUGGGGUCGGAAACUUUGUGGGGUUGCAGCUUUGUCUCAAUGAAGUUUUACGGUCAGAAGAGUUGCUAUGAUGUGAUUUUAUUUUGUUUUUAUUAGAUGUGUUUUUAGUGAUACAUUUCAGACAGUCUGGACGCAGCUCAGGACAUUUUGUUUUUUUUAAGAACUGUUUGUUUACGUUUAAUGUAAAACGCAAUCUUCCCGAGCUUUCGGUUGGUGACGGACACUAAGAACGAGUGAUGAGUCAACAUCACACUCUGCAUUGGGCCGAUAUUGCUCAAAACCACUGUUAAAGAAAAAUGUAAACUCAUGUGAUCUAAAAUCCCUUAAUUUCACGUAAAUGCUGUUAAAAUGGAGCAGAAUAUUUUUGUUACACUGUUGGAACGAUGCGUUGGCAACACUUUAGUACUUUUAUUAAUUAAAAAUACUGUAUCGGACUGAUAUUGUUAUCGGUAUCGCAUAAGAGAAAAGUGGUAUGUUCCAACUAAGACAGUUUAAAGCUGUGGUGUGUAACUUCUGUCGCCCCCCUGAGGAAUUCGGAGGAAUUGCCAAAACAAUCACAUAUCAAUCAGAUUUGCGCCGUUUAUUCCGUCAAACAGAGUGGUUAGCAACUGUAGAUUUUAUUUCAAAAUGGACGUAACUAGUUUGAAAAGAGAAGCUGAUGACAUAGCAGUUAGCCACUAGGGCGUGACUUUACUGGUUCUACUUCUAACUUUAAAUGUAUAACGUAAUAUCGCCAGUAAACAAUUUCCUGAGGAGUUAAUUGCCUUGAUCAUGGUCAAAUCGCAAAUUUUGAGGCUUCAAAACUUUUACUCGUGGAAGACAGACGACUUACAUUUUUUUAUAUACAGUCGAUGUUACAUGUUAUUUCUAUGAGGAGUGAGGAAACAUUUGUGCCUCAGAUUGCCGUUAAAUCACUUCCUUUUGUUGAUUUCAUUCCUUCUGCUGAACCAUCUAGGUUUAAUUUUUUUCAGGAAAAGAAAAUCUGUCCUCCUUUUGAUAUAAUUAUAACGUACAUACAUAGGAUUGUCCUGUUGUAGCCUCCACUUUCCCCACAUACAGCUGCUAAAAAUAACCAUAUUUAUGUUUUUGUUUAUUGUCAUGUAUUCAGAUUCAGUGUAGACACAAAAACUGUGAUAGGCGUCAGUUUUAUGUCGUGUUGCUUGCAGAAUGUCAAAAAUCGUUAUCAACCGAUCUUUUUUUCCUGUCUCGUCUUAUUUUUGCUGGGAAAAAUAAACUCUGCAUUACAUGUGAAGAAAAAGGUAUGAAUGUAAUUAACAUUUGUUUCUUAUUAAACGUUACUCACUGCAGCUUUAAUAACAUUUAACCAUAAGAUUAGGCUCAUCUUACCACCACCCUCCUGUCGUAGCUGAAAAAUAAUCAGUAACUGGAAAAAUUCCCUGCCAUUUUGUUUCAUAUUAUUGUGGGGAGAUUUUUUUUUUUUUAAUAAUUUAAUGUGUUGCACUUUAUCACUGAGUUUUUGAAAUCAUUUCAGAAUCCGCUGUUUACUCAGUCAACAUAGCAGGGCUUGUGUGUGUGUUUUUAAUUUCCUCCUUCACUGAGACGUGUCCGUAUUUCACUGACGGAGUGACUCGGCACAAAAAAUCAUGCAUUUCACUUCAGAAUCUUGCCGUUUUAACGCGAGUGAACACUUCAAUACUUGUUUUUUUUCUUUUUGUGACUUAAACUUUAGUGCUGCCAGCCAUAGUGUUGCUGUGUGGAACACGCUCACAUUAUUCAUAUAUAUGUAUGAAUGUGUACAUAUAUGAAUAUAUGUAUAUGAUGCUAUGAAGUGACCUUUUUUUUAGUAUCUUGUUUUAAAACUGAGCUGGACAUUUCUUCCAAUUAUGGUCUUGUCCAAUUACGGAAUUUCAAUUUGUAGAAGCAAAUCUUUUCUAUUUUUAUAUGUGCAAAAAAAGAGAAAAAGAAAAGACAUUGUUUGGCAUGUACUGUAAGAUAAAGGUAAAUACUUUCAAGUCGACUAAUUGUUGCUUCAAUUGUUGAUUUAAAAAAAUAAAUCAUUGUAUUUGA